AUGAGUAAUAUUUAUAUGCAAAAGCCUGCCACUAAAGGUAAAGUUGUAAUGAAAACAACUGUUGGUGAUGUUGAGUUAGAACUAUGGGCAAAAGAAACUCCAAAGGCAUGUAGAAAUUUCAUACAAUUAUGCAUGGAAGGUUAUUUGAAUGACACUACAUUUCAUGGAAUUAUCAAAGGAUUCAUAACACAAGGUGGUAAUCUCACAGGUACAGGAGAAGGUGGUAAAAUAUAUGGACAACCAUUUAAAAACUUAUUUCAUGCAAGAUUACGUUUUUGUCGACGAGAUUUAAUUGCUAUGGCUAAUGCUGGAGAAGAUGACAAUGGUUUCCAAUUUUUCUUUACUCUUAUUUCUACACCAGAUUUGCAGCAUAAACAUACUAUCUUUGGUAAAGUUAAAGAAUAUACCAUAUAUAACAUGCUCAAACAUGAAGAAGCACUUGUAGAUGAGGAUGAUAAAUCACUUUAUCCUCCAAGAUUGGUAAAAACUAUGAUAUUGAACAAUCCAUUUUCUGAUAUUAUGCGAAGAAUAAUUGUACAGGAAAGUGAAGAAGUAAAGGACAGUUUACAAACUAAAACAGCAACAGUAAAAGAUUUCAAUAUUUUAUCAUUUGGUGAAGAAGCAGAGGAAGCUAAAGAAGAAUUUGUGAUAUUAUAUAAAAAGUUUAGAGCUACGGACAAAUCAGCUCAUAGUCAUUUAAUGGAUCCAAAAUUAAGUUCACAACCAGCUGUUGAACCACAUGGACUUGCAAAUAAGAAAAGGGAAGAAGACCGUAGUAGCAAUUGGGAAAGUGACGAUGAAGUAAAAACUCAAGAAGAAUUAGAAAUUAUAAAGAGAGAGAAAAAAGCAGUGGAGGAAAGGAUAAGAAAUAAAUUGAGAGAUGCAGAAAAGGAACCUAAGAAAAUAAAAAAUUAUAAAGAUGAUGCUGAAGAUGAUAAAGAUAAAAAAGAAAAUAAAUAG